AGUAUGUCCAAGCACACAGUGAACUGAAUGCCGAAAGUAUCGAAGAUGCAACUGGUGAAGUGUUGCUCGAGUUAGCCGAGUCGAUGGAUAUCAAGGCACAAUCAUUUGCGGAGCAUCUUGACCGUUAUGUUGAAAGGAUAGUGCCAGAAGUGUACACCAAGGGGCUGCAUGCGCGAGUAGAGUUCCAAGUCGCCAGACUGGCACAAGAAAAACCUUUCUCCAUCAAAGCAAUGGAAACGCUCAGAAGGAACUUGGAGCGAAGUAAGGUGUUCUAUGGCACCAGCGAACAUCCGGGCGUUGCCGGAAUCCUCAAUAACAUGGGUACUGUGGCCAAUUCCCAAGGGCAUCUGAACGAAGCACUUGCCUUCUUCCAAGAGGCACUCAAUAUCAAGGUCAAAGUCUAUGGUACUCGCGAGCAUCCUGGAGUUGCUUUGACCAUUAACAACAUGGGCUUAGCGACAAAUGAUCAAGGACGCCUGGACGAAGCACUUGCCUUCUUCCAAGAGGCACUCAAUAUCAAGGUCAAAGUCUAUGGUACUCGCGAGCAUCCCGCUGUUGCUCAAACCCUCAACAACAUGGGUUUAUUGAGAAGAUCUCAAGGACGCCUGGACGAAGCACUUGCCUUCUUCCAAGAGGCACUCAAUAUCAAGGUCAAAGUCUAUGGUACUCGCGAGCAUCCUGAUGUUGCUUUGACUAUUAACAACAUGGGCUUAGCGACAAAUGAUCAAGGACGCCUGGACGAAGCACUUGCCUUCUUCCAAGAGGCACUCAGUAUCAAGGUCAAGGUGUUUGGCACUCGCGAGCAUCCCGUUGUAGCUCAGACCCUCCAAAAUAUGGGUAGUAUGGCGAGUGAUCAAGGGCGCCUGAAUGAAGCCCUUGCCUUCUUCCAAGAGGCACUUGAUAUCAGGGUCAAGGUGUUUGGCACUCGCGAGCAUCCCGAUAUUGCCGCAACCCUCAACAAUAUGGGUGCGGUGGCAAGUGAUCAAGGACGCUUGGACGAAGCCCUUGCCUUCUACCAAGAGUCACUUGAUAUCAAGGUCAAGGUGUUUGGCACUCGCGAGCAUCCCGAUAUUGCCGCAACCCUCAACAACAUGGGUAAUGUGACAAAAUCUCAAGGACACCUGGACAAUGCACUCACCUUCUACCAAGAGUCACUUGAUAUCAAGGUCAAGGUGUUUGGCACUCGCGAGCAUCCCGAUAUUGCCGCAACCCUCAACAAUAUGGGUGCGGUGGCAAGUGAUCAAGGACGCUUGGACGAAGCCCUUGCCUUCUACCAAGAGUCACUUGAUAUCAAGGUCAAGGUGUUUGGCACUCGCGAGCAUCCCGAUAUUGCCGCAACCCUCAACAACAUGGGUAAUGUGACAAAAUCUCAAGGACACCUGGACAAUGCACUCACCUUCUACAAAGAGUCACUUGAUAUCAAGGUCAAGGUGUUUGGCACUCGCGAGCAUCCCGAUAUUGCCACAACCCUCAACAAUAUGGGUGCGGUGGCAAGUGAUCAAGGACGCUUGGACGAAGCCCUUGCCUUCUACCAAGAGUCACUUGAUAUCAAGGUCAAGAUAUGUGGCACACGCGAGCAUCCUGAUGUUGCCCGGAUACUUGGUAACAUGGGUUUCUUGGCGAGUGACCAAGGCCACCUGGACGAUGCACUUGUCUUCUUUCAAGAGUCAGUUGAUGUCGCCAUAAAGAUUGGUGGUACUCUUGAAUGUGCCCAUAUUGGACAGAUCCUGAACAGCAUGUGCUACAUUUCAAGACUCUUGGGUCGUCCCACCCAGGCUCUCCAUUAUGCCAAUCAAUGCCUUGACAUCUACCUUGAACUCUAUGGUACUCGUGAACACUCCUCGGUGGCUGGCAUCCUUGAUGAGUUUGGAUGGAUUCACUUUCUUCAAUCUGACUUCGCCAAAGCACUCGAAUACCACAUAGAGGCCCUCGAUAUUGCCACGAGAAUCUCAAACGACCCAACAGGAGCUCAAGAGGCCGAAUUCCUCGUUGGCUGUGGUGCAGACCUGAUCCAUCUUGGCCAGCUCGACGAUGCCCAGUCCAAACUCGAGAAAUCACUCGAGCUUCUCAGAGCCAUCCACUCCACGACCGAUAAUGCCUCUGUUGCCCAUGCACUGUGUUGGCUUGGCGAUCUUCGUCGACUCCAAGGCAGCCAUGAUGAUGCCCUCAUCCUCUAUAACGAUGCCAUGUUUAUGGUGAAGCGACUGUCACGACCUUCAAACCCAAUCAUCAUUCCUCAAGCUCUCCAUGGCAUUGCAACCAUUCAAAGAUCCAGGAAGCAGUUUGAUGCUGCUCGGGAUUCCACAACCAAAGCCAUUGAUAUCCUUCUCGAGCGUGUUCCCGAUCAUCCAUACCUUCAGCAGAUGAAAUCCUUCUCUAUCGAACUGGGCAAGGGGAUUGGAUCAAGUGACAGCUCGAGCUAGUGUUGGUUGUUAGGAAGAUGUGGAUCGGCAUAGUACGGUGACGAUCGAGUAGUGUUGCUGCCGCUUCGCCGACUUGAAUACAUCAGUCACUUCCUCUCA